AAUCUCGUUGCAUACAUUUUGUUUAUAUGUAGGGCUCCAUAAUUUGUUAUUACGUUCAUACGCAGUACACUCCCUGCGAGAAAUUGCUUUUUGCUUUCCGCAAUACAGUCCGCUUCAAAAACGCCGCGAUAAGCUGUUUCUGGCUGCGCGUGCCACCUUGACCUUGUCAGCAUCACGGAAGAUAGGAAAUUUUUCAUGAAAAGCGGAUAAUGCGUGAUUUCAUCCGUACACUCUUCUUCAUCGCACACGUCGAGGAACUGACAGUUUUGACGUACCGAAUGAAACAGCGCAGAUUGCAAGCGCGAACUUUCGUCGCGUGCAUAUUUCUGGUUAUUGCAGUCUUAAUAAAAUACAUAAGCUACAAAUCGCGCGGGAUCCUGCAAAUUUCAACAAUUAAGGAUUUUUUUUUUUUUUAAAGAUGCUUAUUCUAUUUUACAUAUUUUCAAGAUAAAUGCAUUAUUGAAUAAUUGAACAUCUUUGAACGAUUACAUUUUCUUGCUGCUUCUGUCGAUAUUAUUUAGGUGAGACGAGUUCGCUUUUUUAAAGCACAAAAUAUUAGCAUAACGUUUUCCUUAUUAAGAACUGUCUCUUUAUAUUUCCAUCUGUAAGGAUUUGGAAAGAGUACGUUUGGAAAAAGCAUUUUUCAAUUCAACAUCCCUUGUAUGUACAGGACGUCAUAUAUACAUCGCACCAUCGUUAGGAGCACCAAUGCACAUGCGUGGGGAACACGGCGCGGAACAGUCGACGUACGAAACAAACGAGUCGCGCGUACCGCGCCGAUUAUGUAGACGCGCUCCGAAAGCGCUCGAUCGCGACGAGAAAAAUCGACGGUUUCAGAAGUGUGUUCCGCGCUGGCCGUGCAUGAUAACGUCGAUCGAAUUCCACGUGAAUCGUGAUGGCAGGACUCGUUUAAAGUUGUUGCUAAUCCCGAAAUCUCGAAGGAGAAGCAAUACGUGCGGUCGCAGAAGAUUGAAAUAUUCGUGUCUCGUUCUGACGAUGAUUUCGCUUCGAUUGAUAGUUUAGUAGAAAUAGAAAAACGAAGUAUUGUUCACGUGUUGAAGUAUCGUGAGGCACAAAUAAAGACAGCAAAGAGCAAGCUUGAAAAUCGACAGGAUGAUUGGACCAUCAUCGGGAGCGGCUGGCGAAGUUGCAGAGAAUCAAUGCCGCGCUUCCUCCAAACGGAAGGUUUUUGAUGACCUGGAUAUUGACAAUUCCAAGCGGAAGGUUUUCGACGAGCUGGACAUUGACAGCUUCUGUGAGGAAGUCCGCCAGACGAGCCGUAAGCGCUACCUCCAGGAACUCGAGACGCCAGUGGAGCUGGUUACCGCGCCGAAUGAGAUGAUUGCUAACGCGGCAGCUCUUUUCUCGCCGAUGUCCGCUCAGGAAGCGGUCGAGGAAUCGCCGGUGGCACGUCUGGAAGUAUUGCUGGUAGACGGCACCAAUUGCACUUGGACGACUGUAUCGGAGUUGGAGCAGCAGCAGAAUUUAGAUAUUCUUGUAACUUCGUCCUCUUCCUCGUCGUCGUCGUCGUUGGCUUCCGGAUGCAUCGAACGUCAUUCUGCUGAAAACUAUGCCGUCGAGGCGACUGCUAAUUAUCAACCAGCAGUGUCAGUGAAUUAUUGGGAACCGAUUGCCGCACCCACGGUACCGCUCGCCAAUUCAAACGUGCAGCAACAUAAGGGAAAUAUGACAAACAGCAAUCAGCAGCAACAGCAACAGCAGCAAUUCGAGGAUCAGGAGAACGGGAACCUAUCAUGGCUGCUGGACUUCAAACUGGAUUCGUUCAUCGAAGCUGCGGACGAUAAGUCCACCAUAGGACUCUCGACAAAGGACAAUCAUGGCAACAAAAGCAAAUCGAACGGACGGUCGCACGGCUCCAAUUACGCCGGCGAUGUCAGAAGAGGAUACGGCAAUCACGAAAAUUCAUCAACAUAUAGACAGGACUCAAAUCAGGCUACUUAUCCUGCCAGUGGAAUCGACAACCGGAAUGUUUCGUCUGUGCGAUCGAACGGACCGAAAAAGCCGCCCUUCACCUACACGGAAUUGAUAGAGCACGCACUGCAGGAAAGAGGCGAGCUCACCGUCUCUGCUAUUUAUCAAUGGAUCUCCGAGCACUUUCCUUACUACAAGAGCAACGAUGAUCGCUGGAAGAAUUCUGUCCGACACAAUCUUUCGAUAAAUCCGCAUUUCCGCAAGGGAUCGAAAGCCCCUCACGGAGCUGGUCAUCUUUGGGCAAUCGCGAAUCGUGGCGAUUGCAGACCUCGUCCGCUUAUUGUCAACGACGUAACAUCGGCACGACAAGCUUCGCAAAAUGAGUGCGAAGAAUCUCAGAGUGACGAAACUAUCAUUAGUGAAAUCGUGGAUGAAGUGGAGGCUGCGACGGCAAGUAUCACGCAGCCGAAUUCUGAGGAGAACACUGACAGUAUCCUGAAUUCCGUGACGCUCGAGCAUUCCGCCGAGCAAAUACUCAAUGGUAUAAAACGUCAGGUAGAAGUGCAAUAUCUAGUUCCCAUGAUGGUGAACAGCAACGAUCACGAGGCGAAUCAGCAGAAUCAGCAAACUACGCAACACACGGAGCUUCAGUGUUCUUUCAAGGAUAGCGAUUUCCUGAAUCCGGUUUCUAAGGAAGUCGUCGCCGAGGAGUGUGGUCUCAUAAGCGAAGGAUAUCUGGUCACGGAUCUGAAUCCAAACAGCUUGGGAUUGAACGUGGUCGAUCCUGAAAUUAUAGGAUCGGAAAAUCUCUUCGGCGAGGAGCUGAGCUUUCAGUUUUACGAAUUAACAUCGUCGUCGCAGCUGCAAUCCGCCUGACACGCGGAAGGCAACAAAGUACGUUUCAUCGUGAUCGACGAGCUUAAAAUAGAGAAUACAUGGACGUGCGACGAUGACAAUCGACCGGUUCGCAGUGCCGCUGAAACUGAUAAAGAUAUUUCAGAGCGAGAAAAUUCGCAAAGAAAGUCGUUUGUCAGCGGCGAUCAGGAUGGGAUGUGCACAACGAGAAGCUGAUCUAAUUUCGCGCUAUCGGAAAAUUUUUACAAUGUUCAAGGAUGUUCGAUCAUUUUAGUCAACGCGGCUGCUAAAAUAGUUAGGAAUUAGCUACUGGUUAAUCAAUAAGCUUCACUGAAUGGAUAAUGAGUCAAGCGCAAAUAUGAGGAAAUCAUGUCUUAAAUUUGAUGCAAUGUAGUUCGAUGGUUUAUAAAUGAUUGCGGUGAUCGCCAAAAGACUUAAUACGGUCAGAGUAAGAUUCGAAAUAAUUAAUAUAACUGCAUGCCGUCCAAUGUGUGCCUGGUCUUAAGCGUCUUAAGAGGAGUAUCAUUUAACAACCUAUGCAUUAGAAUAAUUUCUUCUAGUCCUUUGCGAAACAGUGUGUAAUGUUUUUGUAUUAGUAAGAAAAAGUACGAUAUUUAUUAUUAUGAGUGUAUAUUGUCUCUGACAUUUGUAUUACGCCCGCGAAUAAAUGUGAGAU